CUCUCUGUUCAAAACACCAAAAAUCAGAGCUGCUCGUAGAACCCCCACCGGAAAAAUGGAAGAAAUGAUGCUAUUAGACGACGGAGCCACCACCAUACCUUUAGAUUCCGGCAACCGAAACGCCAUCGCAAGCCCUAGCACCAGUCACAUCUCACUUCAACCCAAUUACAGCUGCCGCAAAGUUCAGGAAGCAUUGGAGCACUUAGCAACUAUUGAUCUGAUAGAUUUGUGCAACGAGGCUAAAGUUGAGCAUUGCAGGGCUACACGGGACUUAAGAAGCUGUGGAUGUAGUGUUCAAAGUGUGUUGAAUUCGUGUGGCCAUGCGUCUUUAUGUGAAGAGUGUAGUCAGCGUAGUGAUGUUUGCCCGAUCUGCAGAGUUUGCAUACCGAAAACCGGUAACAGGCUCUCGCUUCGCCUGUAUUAUGAGUGCAUUGAAGCUGGUCUUAUUUCAAAGAGAUAUGAUGACAGGGUUCAAGAAAAAGAUGGGGAGAAUCGACCGACGGAUGAUGUUGAACGGCUGUAUUUGUUUUUCGAUGUUGCGUUGGAGAACAAUUUGUUAUCUCUGAUCUGCCAUUAUAUUACAGAUGUUUGUAUGGAUGAAAGUGCUGUUUCUAGCGACCCGGUUGUUGCUUUGUUACUCGAUGAAGUGGUUGUCAAAGACUGGUGCAAGAGGACAUUUAAGAAUAUUAUUGCCGAGCUUAAGCCUAUUUACAAUCUUAAUGUAGAGGAAAUGAAGGAAAGGUCAAACGUGCUUCUUAAGUUUACAGCGAGGCUAGCGUGCAUAUUAACUGUCCUUGAAGUGUUGGAAUCAUCUUUUAAGGGUUCCCUCUCGGCACAGCUUCAGGAUAUUCACCACUUACAGGAGAGCAUACUAAAGACAAAACAGCAUAUGGAGAUGAUGAUUUGGUAUACACGGCAUCAACAUCUUGAAGAUCUAAAUCGGCAUGCUAGUUUCCCAUCAUGGCGUUCUGAUGUCCGCGAGAGAAAAUCAACGGCCAUCAAACGUGCAUGGCCGGCCCCAACCGAAAUCUCAACACCAGAUGGCGAAAUCCUGUUCAUCCACGACGCUUUAUCAAAUCUUGACCCACAACAAGAGUAUACACCGGAUAGAGAUUACGAACUAGAGAUUGCUUCUCUACAUAAAGACGAAGGUUUUUCAUUGUCUAGAGCCAAAAUUGAAGGACUCGUAGGAAGCUAUCCGUUUAAAAACCUGCGGUCGGCUAUUGACGUUCUCUUUCUAUAUGGAAGCUCUGACCUCGUGGUAGCAAAACAAGCCAUUUUUUUAUAUUACCUGUUUGAUCGACUCUGGAAAAUACAUGAUGAUAAGUGGAGAUUCAGUGUAGAUGAUUUUUCCGCUACGUUUAAUAUAGCCAGACAUUCGAUAUUGGAAUCGUUUACUUUCUAUCUCCUUGAUGAUCACAGUGAUGAGGCCUUGCAGGAAGCGUGUCGUCUUCUCCCGGAGAUAUCGGGACCCACAACACACCCAAAAGUAGCACAGGUUUUAUUAGAAAGACAAGAUCCUUAUACAGCUCUAAUGGUAUUAAGGUGGUCAGGUAUCGAUAGUGGGCCCGAGCUGGUCUCACUUAACGAGGCUGUGACUGCUGUUAGGGUCAGAGUAGAGUGCGGACUUCUGAUCGAAGCGUUUAUGUAUCAAAGAUCCGUUUGCACCAAAAUUAAGCAAAAGAAAGCAAGGCAUGAGUUGUCUGAAGAUCGGUUGAAUUGGCUGGAGAUACUUGCAACGGAAAUUUGUCUUCUCUGUAUUCGAAGGAAUUUAGUUGACCGCAUUAUUGGAUUACCGUGGAAUGUAGAUGAAGAAAAACACUUACACAAGUGUCUUGUGGAUUAUGUUUCGGUAGAACCGUUAACAAAUACAGGGAGUCUUCUAGUUGUGUUCUAUUUACAGCGUCAUCGAUAUGUGGAAGCAUAUCAAGUUGAUCAGAAGCUUCAAAGCCUUGAGGAGAAUAUCAUUUCUAAUAAUCUUGUUGAUGACGAUGGAAUAAACAGAAUGCGUACCACACAACGUUGGAGAGCAGCAUUAGUUAACAAAAGCAUACAACUACUACCAGAAGUUGAACAAGAAAAGGUGAAAAAUGGACAAAUGACUGAUAUAACCCCCCCGGAGAUUAACUUCAAUGAUCCGGAAAACCCGAACCCGAAUCUUCUCGAUUCUGGCAACUUAGUCCCUGCGUAUGUUAACUCUUCUAUUAUUCUUCAACUGGAUGACGCAAACCCGUCACCCAAAUUAAAUUUUGGUGGAUUAACGAAUUACGGUACUCCUGUUUCACAAGUGAACAAGUUUGGUGAUACCGAAAGAGGAAUGAGCAUGCUCAAAUCCAUCAGUAAAAACUUCAAAUUUGAUGAUAUUAUUGCAACAUCUACUACACCGUUAAAAGAAUUUAACCGAGGGUCUUCAACGAUUAAGAAGAAUAAGUAUCUCCAAAAUGACCAAAAUGAGUCAACUGACCGCAUUCGAUAUUCUAGUCCGUAUUUUGGAAAUAUUACUGCUAGUUUUGAAGAUUCGCCGAGUGGCAUCGAUGACUUGUUGAAGUCGAAAGCUUCUGGUAAAGGUGGACGAUCGAGUAGACUUGGAAGAGAUGCUGAUGUGGCGGCUUCAGCUGAUCUUAUGGAUAUGACGUGGAGUAACAAAGAUGAAAUGCUUCCUGUGCAAGCAAAUGUGAAUGGUGGGCCCAGAUGGAGGUCAGAUGAUGCAAGUGAUUAUGAAGUACAGCAGAGCCCCGACAGACUGACAGGUGGCGCUUCUUUAAAAUCACCCUCAAGAGGAUUAAGAAGAAGCAGGCGUACCAGAAGAUGACUCGUUUCAAUAUUUUGCAGAUCUAAAAACUGUCCUUUACACAUCCCGACGAUCCUGUUCGGAUUGAUUCUAAGUAGGGGACCGUUAAUAAUGCUUGGUUUCGGUCCACCUUUUGGCUGGCAUAAUUUAGUACCUUAUGAUUUCAAGACGAUGCUUCUAUGAGUACAAACUGUGUCGUAAAAAAGUCAAAUUUUGAAUUUGUGAGUUGCUUUUUCGAAUCUUGAAAUCAUAAUCGAAAUUGAUUUGGGUGUGCUGAGUUCUUGUGCAA